AUGGCUAAAUCUUACUCAUACGACGUCUUCCCUAGCUUCAGGGGAGCAGACGUCCGCAAAAGUUUCCUCAGCCACUUGAUCAAAGAGUUUGAUCAGAAGCAUAUCAAUACUUUCAAAGACAACAAAAUCGAGAGAAGCCAAUCGCUCAAACCCACGCUUGAAAAGGCCAUUAGGACUUCAAAGAUUGCGGUCGUUGUGCUGUCCCAAAAUUAUGCUUCUUCAAGCUGGUGCCUUAAUGAACUGCUGGAGAUUAUGUAUUGCAUGGAAGAGUUCCGUCAAAUAGUGAUACCGGUUUACUACGGUUUGGAUCCUUCUCAUGUGAGACACCAAACUGGAGACUUUGGAGAGAUCUUUGAAAACACCUGCCACAACCAACCAGAGGAACUCAAAGUUCGAUGGAGGGGAGCUUUAUCUAAUUUAGCUAAUAUCUUCGGAUAUCAUUCAAAGAGCUGGGACAACGAAGCAAAAAUGGUUGAAGAAAUCGCCAACUAUGUUUCGGAUAAACUGCUUUUAACUUCAUCUAAGGAUUCUGAAGACAUUGUUGGCAUAGAAAACCAUAUGGCAGAACUGGAAUCGCUGUUGGAUUUUGAAUCCGAAAAAGGGAGGAUGGUUGGGAUUAUGGGUUCCUCGGGGAUUGGAAAGACAACAAUAGCAAGAGUUCUAUUUAACCGACACUCUCAUCGUUUCCAAGGCAGUGUUUUUGUCGAUAAGGCUUUCGUAUCUAGGAGUAUGGAAAUCUAUGGAGGAGCCAAUCCGUACGACUAUAACAUGAAGUUUCAUUUACUAGAAAAAUUUCUAUCUGAAAUUUUGGGGAAGGACCUAAAAAAUUUUCAUACGGGUGCAGUGGAAGAGAAGCUAAAAAACCACAAAGUUUUAAUCUUUGUAGAUGAUUUGGAGAAUCAUUUCGUCUUAGAUACCUUGGCAGGUGACAUUAAUUGGUUUGGACCAGGGAGUAGGAUCAUUGUGAUUACAAAACAUGAGCAUAUUUUAAGGGCCCACGGAAUUGAUCAUUUCUAUAAGGUACCUCUCCCAUCUGAUGGUCUUGCUCUUCAAUUUUUUUGUCGAAAUGCUUUUAGGCAGAACUCUCCACCAGGUGACUUUAUGGAGCUUGCUUCUGAAAGUGCAUUGCAUGCCGGUAAUCUUCCUUCGGGUCUUGUAGUUUUAGGGUCAUAUUUACGGGGUAGAUACAAAAAGGAGUGGAUAGAUAUGCUGAUAAUGUUCCGGAAAAGGCAAUUUGGUAAAAUUGAAGAGAUACUUAAAUUUCGCUACAAUGGGUUAAAUAACCAAAACGAUGAAGCAAUAUUCCACCACUGUCGGAGCAGACUUUAG